AUGGUUAGUAGGAUAACGGAAUGGAACAUAGAGUCCACGGUGACCCUAUCGGAUCACCUGUAUAUUUCUAUGACCCUAGAGAGUGCUACAAACGCGCCCACUGGAAGUAGCGGUCCUAGAUCCUGGAACUUUAAAAAACUAAGUCAGGAGGUGUUCGCUGAGGCGCUGGAAUGGAAGUGCGCGGCAGUACCAGUGGAAGAUACUUCAUCGUUCAGUGGACUGAAAUGGGUUACGUGGUUAGACACAGCAAUGAUGGAGGCCUGUGACUUAGCAGCCCCAAGAUUCAAAGGAAGAAACAGGAAACGCUCCACAUACUGGUGGAACGAGAAUCUGGCGGAGAUAAGGAAAGAAUGCGUAGUCAAACAACGAGCUUGGACUAAAAGCAAAAGGAGGAGCAGUCCUGAAGUAAUAGAGGAACUCAGAAGAGACUAUAGAGCAGAAACGAAACGUCUACGCAAAGAGAUCCAUAAAGCUAAACAAGAAGCAUUGAGAGAACUUAUAGCGACAAUUGAUGAAGAUCCAUGGGGGCUCCCAUACAAAAUCGUCCUAAGGAAGUUAAGGAAACCGACGUUGGGACUUACGGAAACGCUAGACAGGGAUAACUUAGAUAUGUUGGUUACAUUGCUUUUCCCUGAGGGUGACACCCAACUUAAUAGAACCGACUGGAGCGACUGGACCUGGAAAGAGGAACAUCAGAUAAUUCCGGGAGAGGUCCACCGUCUACUAAAAAAAAGGUCAUCAAAAAUACGGCCCCAGGGAUAG